AUGGUGCACAACACAAAGUUUAUUGACUUAAUUAUAAUAUAUGAGUCAACCAAUCUUGUGGACACUCUUGAGGAAUUUCUUCCUGAAUCACAACCUUCAGGCGCAGUUGCUGCUGUUGGCAAAGUUGGACUUCAAAAUAAGACCGUUGAAGAUGCAAACAAAAAUACGAUGAUUGUCAAUACCAUUGCCUUAUUGAUGGAGUCGAGCUCAUCUGAAAGUGAUGGUGAGGAAGAUCGCAUACUUUUGCAUAAAAUUUUGUCUUCGGACAUUUGCCUUUUCACAAGUGAACGAACUCCGCGAAAUUGUAUUGUGAAUUAUGCAGAGCAAAUAGUGCCAACGUAUAGCGAAAAAGAAUUCCGGACGAAUUUCCGGAUUUCAAGAAGUUUAUUCGAAAACCUUAGUGAAAGAUUUCUGCAUUCAAGGCAGUACAAAAAACUCAGAGAGGACAAAAGGCUUUCGCAUAGAGUUCACUUACUGGUGUUUUUGUGGUUCGCUGGACACGAAGCUUGCAGUAACAGAGAUUUAGGGGACCGAUUUGACCUUUGUCUGUCAGCGGUGACAAACGUGAUUAGCAGAGUUACAAUGUUCAUAAGUUCAUUGAGUCCUGAUGUAAUAAAAUGGCCUACUGAAGACAAAAAACGAGCAACGAGCGAAUUUUUCAACAGAAAAUGUUUCUUCUCUAAAGCAAUCGGUUGCAUAGACGGCACUCACAUCAGAAUAGACCCGCCAAAGACCGGAAAGGAUGAUUAUAUAGAUAGAAAGGGGAUUACAUCAAUUUGUCUACAAGGAAUUUGCAAUGAAGAUAUAAAACUUAUAAAUAUAUUCGUGGGAUAUCCUGGAUCUAGCUACGAUAGCUGGGUUUUUACAAAUUCAACUAUUUACGAUAAAUUGUCUUCGUAUUUUGGAGGUAAUAUUAAUUGA